CUGAUGGAUCGAUAUUGUUGGAUAUGGACACUUGUCAAAUAAACGUUAUUGAAAGUGCAUAUACCGAGCCUAGUGCAGCAAACGAUUCUUUAGCGAGUCAGGAAGUUUCUCGUUAUUUGCUGCCAAGUUCUACACCCACAAGAAAGAAUGGAGACCCAAGUAACGUAGGCGCAACAGGAUCUGAUGGAUCGAUAUUGUUGGAUAUGGACACUUGUCAAAUAAACGUUAUUGAAAGUGCAUAUACCGAGCCUAGUGCAGCAAACGAUUCUUUAGCGAGUCAGGAAGUUUCUCGUUAUUUGCUGCCAAGUUCUACACCCACAAGAAAGAAUGGAGACCCAAGUAACGUAGGCGCAACAGGAUCUGAUGGAUCGAUAUUGUUGGAUAUGGACACUUGUCAAAUAAACGUUAUUGAAAGUGCAUAUACCGAGCCUAGUGCAGCAAACGAUUCUUUAGCGAGUCAGGAAGUUUCUCGUUAUUUGCUGCCAAGUUCUACACCCACAAGAAAGAAUGGAGACCCAAGUAACGUAGCCGCAACAGGAUCUGAUGGAUCGAUAUUGUUGGAUAUGGACACUUGUCAAAUAAACGUUAUUGAAAGUGCAUAUACCGAGCCUAGUGCAGCAAACGAUCCUUCGCUUACACAUGAAGUUCCUCUUUCACCACUGCCAGAACUGUUGAUUGAAUCACGACAUGAAGUGGGGGACAAGGACAGCAACUUGAAUAACAUUGAAGGAAGGAGAAUUUGCGACAUACGUCAUGUCAUUACUAAAGCCAGACAGUUGGAGAAGCACAAUUUGGAAUGCAAAGCUCGCAUUAAAGGAUAUUUUACUUAUACAGGGGAAAAACGCAUCGGCUUGAGAAGUGUGUUACAUUUCAAGUGUACUUCCUGUGAUGCCAGGACAUCUAUUGAUACUGAUCCCAGUGACACAGUAAACACUGCAGCAACAUGGGGUACAGUAGUGAGUGGAAAAGGACAUGCAGUAAUAGAACAAUUAUUUUCUCUGAUGGAGAUUCCACCAGCAAGCAGCUCAACGUUCAUGAAAGAAGAACGGGAAAUCGGAAAAGUAUGGUUCGAAUCGUUGACAGAGGCUAUGGAACAAGCUGCAAAAGAAGAGCAUCUACAUGCCUUAGAAGAAGGUCACGUUGACGACGAUGGCAUACCUUACAUAACUGUUAUAGUAGAUGGAGGAUGGAGCCAUCGUUCGUACGGUCACAGCUACAAUGCUAAGUCAGGCGUAGCUAUAAUUAUAGGUAAAAAAACAGGUAAAAUGUUAUUUCUAGGAAUUCGGAACAAAUAUUGCAGUAUCUGCUCUUUGAGUGAAAAAAGAAACGAACAACCUACCAAACACAUCUGCUACAAAAACUGGUCUAGUUGUUCAUCAGCCAUGGAGAGUGAUAUACUAGUGGAAGGUUUCAAAGCCAGCGAAGAAACCCAUGGUCUACGGUAUUUUAAAUACAUCGGUGAUGGUGAUUCCUCUGUCCAAAAGUCUAUAGUAGAACGUGUGCCGUAUGGUUUGAAAGUUGUUAAAAUUGAGUGCACAAACCAUCUGCUAAAAAAAUUGUACAAACACUUACUGAAGCUCUCCAAAGAAAACUCUGGGAACAAGAAAAUUUUAACUCCAGCCAGAAUGAAGCACAUCCAAAAUAGAAUACGUCAUCUCAUAACCGAAGAAUCUCGGAAAGAUUGUCCAAGCGUCAGCUCUCUAAAGAAUGACAUACGAGCUACUAUAGAGCAUGUUUUUGGAAACCAUGGCAACUGCAGAAUUCAAAAUUGCCCGAAAGCCAACAUUACUUCCAUCACUGAUUUGGACACAGCGCCUGGUAACUUAGCGGCCAGAAUUAUUUCAAUUAUAGGAAAUCUGGCAGCAAAAAGUGACAGCCUUGUGGAAAAUUUGACGAGUAAUGCAGCAGAAACUUACAUGCAUCUUGCAGCAAGAUUUAAUGAUGGCAAACAGAGUUUCUUUGGCAGACGUGGUUCGUUCAAUACCAGGUGCUAUGGAGCUGGCCUUAGUUUUCAGCACGGUCCCGCGUGGCUCCACACAGUUUGGAAAAAGAAGGUAACCUUUGUGGCAUAGCUUUAUGUUUCAUUGUUUCAUUUAUGUACAAUACUUUUAACAGCAUGAGUUAAUAAUUUUAUGUUUUCAGGUUGGAAAAAGUCCAGGCCAAUGCGUAAAACGCCUAAUAAAAAAAAAACUAAACAAGAAGUCUUCAGCCAGGAAAUGUCUCAAGUUUCAUCCAAACAAGCAAAGUAUUGGGGAAGCUAACAGUAGUAUAUCCAAUCCUCAUUAUGGUGAAAACUGUCAGUUACCAGAUGUCCCAGCGGAGGAAAUGAAAAAUAUGAUAUCACGCCUGAAAAUGCAGCUAACAGUAAAUCGCCAGAGGAGAAAUGAAAUUGAAAUUCACACAAGAGGACAGCGCAACAAUGACAUGUGGUACAGGUAUGCGAAUAAUAGAAAAAUAUACAUCUACGUGCUGCGUUAAACAUCAUAUUUUUCAUGUUCUCAGUACAUUUCAUUUGCUGCCAAGAAAAAUAUAUGUUUAAAAAUUUCUAUUUUUAGUUCUGAAACUAUUGUACAGCAUAAGUAGAACCACGAUUAUUUCGCGGAUUCCUUUCUCUCCAUCGUAGACCUGAUAUGCCUAUACGUAAUCAAGCCAUUUUAGUGUGCUCAAUGGUCGACAGUACGUUUCCCAUGAUUUGAUGAGUUGAACGUGAUUGGAUGAAGACUUCCUCACCUUGUUUGCUACUGGUUUAGCAUCGUCAAGGGCGGGUCGUCAGAACUUACAUCCAAUCAUCAACGCGAAGCUGAUGUUCAUCUACUUCCAGUUUACUUUGGCACUCAAGGAAUCCGCGAAAUAAUAAUGGCUCUAAGUAUAAGUGAGAUAAAAGAACAUCGUUAAACUUAGUAAUAAAAUAAUUUCUUUGAACAAAAUUCCUUGUUAAAAAAGGUUUCAAUUUUAACCAUGAAAAUGAAGGAAAAUGGGAAAUUUGGAUUAUCCUGCCAUUCAAAGCUUAUUUCGUUACGGUUGUAUCUAAAUUUACAUAAAAUUGUAGUAAAUGACAUGUAAGGACACAUUUAAGCUGGAACAAAAUAUAAUAUAGUGAAGCAGUUUCAUUGCUCAUUAUAUUUAAACAAGCAUUUUCCUAACCAUAUGUAUAUAACACGGCUAAUUAAGUGAUUUUGUUUUGGGAAGUGUAGGCUUGCGAAUUUAACGUUUCUUGUGUGGGUAUUUACAAAGCAUCAUAAAUGUGAUUUCACUGAUUACAUGUCAUUCAGUUAAUCACUUUUUUAUAAAAAUAUUUCUUUUGGUUAUCGUGUUUAUUUUUAAUUAGUUUAGGGAUACUGAAUAACAAAUUGACAUAGAAAUACACAUUAACAACGGAACUAGAAUCAACCAAAAAAAAAAAACAGAUAAUUUGUCUCCACACAAGUGAAUAGUAAUAUUGAUCGUAAGCAGAGGACACAUGUGACUGAUUAAGUGUGGAACGUUUUGCAAUUGGAAUUAGGCGUAUGUUGUAUAACGUGAAUAGUAAAGUUUGUUUUUUAGGGUUUAACAAAACCGCUGAAAGAACUCUGUGUGCAAUAAUCUAUCAACUUCUUAACACGUCAUUUUGUCGUGAACAAAAUAACAUUUCUUCUGAGCACAUUCAUGUCGGCUUUGAGACAGUCUGGAAAACAUUACUUUCUGGUAAUGCAGCGCUGCAACGAUUACUAGGUGUUUAUAGAUGAUAAAUGACGUCUGAAAGUAUGACUACGAUGGAAUACUCAUUUCAUCUUAGGUAAAGCCGUUUUAUAAAGUAGUACACGAUCUUCCAUUACAACAUCUUUAAUAUUUUCACUCUGGAGAAAUGGUACGGGUAUAAAGCAGGAAGCGUACUGCAAGAGAGAUUAAAAAUUAUUUUCCUCGAGAAAACGCGGUCACAAAAUUCUACUUUAAAUUUUCUGAUACAGCUAAAUUCGAUCAUAAACAAAUGACUCCUUUCAGUUGAUGUUGGGAUAAAGUAGCGCGAACGGCACACCAAACGCGAAGCGAAUAUUGUAGCAAACCAAUCAGAAGUAGAUGCGACGCGACGCGACGGAGUUUCCGAUCAGACGAGAAUUCUAUUCGGUAAAUACGCGUCGCGUGUGUUGCGCCUUUCGCGCUAUUGUGAUUUCAGCAUGAAAUGUCACGGGUACGUCUGCAUUAUUUUCAACUUCAUAAUAAUAAACACAAUUUACUUUUCCUAAGGUACUUUAUUUAUAUUUAAAGUCUUUGCGUUUCAAAAAGUAAU